AUGGGCAACAAUCCUUCCAAGGGCCCUUCCGGAGAUGGACCGCCAAACUCGGGGUCUUCGCAUUUGACGGCUUCAGCAGGUGAUAAAAAGGUGUAUCGCCGUACUUCAACGAAUGCCAUCUCCAGCGCAGCAAAAGCGACUGCGGCUGGUCCCACCCCCUCCACCGAGACCGCAACUGGACAUCCGGCAACACCCACGCAAACUCCGGUUCAACAACGCCUGCAAUCGCGCAAUAUCACGGACGCGCCCAGAGGAAAUCCAGAUCGGCAGGACCGACAUGAUGCGAAGAAAACAGAGCCUUCGUCGAGGGAGAUCUCUUCCCCAGACCCGUCCAACCCUGUCCAGGUACCAGUCGCUCGGGCUGCUUCCAGAGAUGAUCCGACUGUAGCACCAUCUGCCCCGCCUCUCAAUACAUAUUACAGUGCAUCCACGCACCUCCAGCGUCCGCCUCGGUUGCCCCUCCCCAUCGGUGAUGCGACAGCUACUCCGGGUUCGCCGAUCAUCGGACCGGAAGAUUCACAUAUUGGUUUCCUUUCUGGCGAUCGUCCACUUGGAGAGCAGGCUGACCAAGGCAAUCCUGGCAUAAGCAAUACGGCCGUUGAUGAUGAGGAGACUUUGGACGAGCUCGAGCCGUACACCCCAAGUGGUGUCGGCAGGGCUGUCCCAACGACCAUAGAGUGGAACGCUCCCGGAGAUAAGGUCUACGUUACAGGAACUUUCGUCAAUUGGGAAAAGAAGUACCGUUUGCACAGAAAUGAAAAUAACCCAGGGGUCAUGUCGACAACGUUGAAUUUGCGGCCCGGUACACAUCAUUUGAAGUUCAUCGUGGAUGGCGAGAUGCGGGCUUCCGACACUUUGCCAACUGCAGUGGACUUUACUAAUCACCUGGUCAAUUACAUUGAAGUCAGCGCAGACGAUAUCAACCGAUCGCGCAGGGAGAGCGAGCGGACAAAUAAAAGUGCGGUGCCUUCUGGGGUGCAUCCUCCUCAAGUACUUCCUGGCCCCAUCGGAUCUGAGCGUACCAAUGUUGAGGACCAGUCUGACAAAGAAGAACCCGAGGAGAUUAUUCUUGGGGACUUUCAAACCAUCAUCCCUCAAUUUCUUGUCGAUUUGGAUAAGGAGGAAGACAGUCCUGAAUAUCAGCAAGCUGCUAAUGUGAUCGGUGAUACCCCAACACCGCCGAGUCUCCCUCUCUUCCUUGGAAAGUCAAUCCUGAACGGCACUACGCCGAUGAAGGACGAUAGUAGUGUUCUCAAUUAUCCUAACCAUACAGUUCUUAACCACCUUGCAACCAGCAGCAUCAAAAAUGGAGUGCUUGCCACCAGUGCCACAACUAGGUACAAACGGAAGUAUGUUACGACAAUCUUGUACAAACCAACCAGCCAUAUCACGGGCUAG